AGUUUGUAAAGAUCUCUGUUACUGGAAACAUUUAGGGGAAAAAAGAUGUGGAAGCUAAGUUUUGUGGGUUUUGUGCUCUUCUUAUCGAGUGGAAUUACCAGAGGUGCUGUUGUGGAAAAGGUUGCAGAAACUGCAAAUAAACAACCGACGUUAAUGGCACAAAAAGUACCAAUGCCCAUUACCAGGCCACAGGAAGUCAAUGAAAUUUCGAGCAAGACAAGAGUAGAAUCAAUCUCACCAGCUGCUAUCCAGACAUUGCAGAAUUGUACGAAUCGCAUGGAUACCUAUUGCUACGACUGCCGCAGUAUUGUGAUGUGCGCCCUUGCUGAAACUCCCGUCUACCAGGGUGUAUGCCCACCUGAGACACCUUUUUGUGACUCGCAGUACAAUCGAUGUGCAAUAACUUUGGGGGAUCCCAUUAUGGAUCUUUUGUGCCAAGAAGGGGCUCAACUAUGUACAAGUCGUGGGUACUUUCCCGACGUGUACGAUAGUCGGAUUUAUCAUUACUGCGCUCACCAAGGGGACGUAAUGCCAGUAACUUACAGAUGCCCUGCAGAUUACAUCUACGACAGCUACAGCCAAGGUUGCAAACGCAUCAUCCCAUACGAUUGCUCUCGGAAGGAUAAUAAAUUCGUCACACAUACACUAUAUCCAGGAUACUAUGCUUUCUGCAGAGUAAUGGGUGGUACCCAUGAAAUCAUCCCCUAUAAGUGUCGAGAUGAACUGAACUUUGCUUUCAAUACGAAAACCAAUGCAUGUGAGUAUCAAUGCAAAGAUGAAGGACGUUUUGUAGAUCGCGAAAGCUGUGACCAUUACUACGAGUGCUACAGAAGCGAAGGUGGCUACACCUAUCAACGAAUUAAGUGCGGAGAGGCCUAUCACACCUACGAUAAACAGCUACAGAAAUGUGUCCCCUACUAUGCUCAAUGUGAACCUGAAGUUGGAUGGGAUUGAAAAGAAAUGUAGUAAAAUCUUUGUAGGAGACUAAAUUCUAGAUUCUUUGCAUUA